AUGCUUAAAACUAUAAAGUUAAGAAAUAAUAAACGUGCCAUUUCGCUUUCUAAUAUCGAUGAAAUCAAUUCCAGGUUGAAUGGGGAAACUAAUGUUAGUAUCAACAACAUUGAUAAUAUUUCCACCGAUAUUAAACCGUCUUUCAUUCACACUUUAACAACAAAUGAUCUCAUUAAAAAUGCUACUAAGCCUGGCACACUUAACAAAAGUAGAGCCAGAACACUUCCAAACGCUUUUAUCGCUUAUAGAAUGGCAUUAACCAAAGAAUAUCGCAAUAAAAACGUCAAAUUACCUCCAAUGGGUCAAUUAUCAAGAAUCGCAAAAGAUUUUUGGAAAAAAGAACCUCAAAACAUCAAAAAUUUUUAUAAAACGCUAGCUGAAGAUGCAAAAUCUUUGUAUAACCAAAACACUAUUCAAUUCGUAUUUGAUAAACAUAUGAAUAAAUUUGAAAAUGAUCAGGAAGGUGGACGAGAUUCUUCUUUUACUGCAACGAAUGAAAUUUGCGGUGCAGGCUCAAAUAAUGUCUACCAAGCCGAAGGAGCUGAAGUUCUUCCAGUUGAGGAUGCACAAAAUUCAUCAAAUGUAAAUCAUCCAACUGAAGAUUUGACCGCUUCUCCCAAUUAUAGCUUUUUCGAAGAUCCGUGUGGAACGAACUCUGCUGAUCGAGAGUUAUUCUAUCUACUUGAUUUUCACUUCAAAAUUAAUACAUAA